GCGGCCGGCGCUCCCGCCGUCGGCAUGGCAGCUGCUACUUCGCUGGGACAGGCUCUGGGCCCACGCAUGCCCGCAGUCCACAGAACUGCAGUCGUCUUCUCGGAGUGCUUUCGGCUACUUUCCCUUAUUGCUUUAGCUCGAUACACGUUGGGCUGCCUUUCACAUUCGGAUAUUACGCGGUUCCAGUGCUGUCUGACAGGAAAGGCAGCCCUUUGACACGCACGCGAAAUGUCGCCUGACGAGGGCAAAGGUGACAGUUACCACCGGAAGUACCCUGUCUCGGAUACCCUUUAGAUUCCCCCACUGAAGAAAAACGAAGCGGGAAAAACGCUGUUAGGGUUUAACUCAGGCCCUGGCUCCUUGAACGAAUUAGCGGAAAAGUCACCCGCAGGAGCCUUGUUUGGCUUCCACUUUUCGGCCCGCCCAGUUCUCUGAGCGUGCGGCGGACGACGCAGGUGAUUGGUUGAGCGAAUGGAAACGGCUCGGUGCGGUGAUUGGCCGGUGGGAAAUUCUGUACGUUGUGAUUGGUCCGCAGGAACGACUCGGCGCGCGCGCGGGAGCGAGCUUUGAAAGUUGAGCACGGCGGCGGCGAGCCGGUGGCCUGGGGAUCAUGGUGGCGCUGCGGGGCCUUGGUAGCGGCCUGCAGCCGUGGUGUCCGCUGGAUCUUAGACUCGAAUGGGUUGACACAGUGUGGGAACUGGAUUUCACAGAGACUGAGCCUUUGGAUCCCAGCAUAGAAGCAGAGAUCAUAGAGACUGGAUUGGAUGCAUUCACAAAACUCUAUGAAAGCCUUUUACCCUUUGCUACUGGAGAACAUGGAUCUAUGGAGAGUGUCUGGACCUUCUUCAUUGAGAACAAUGUUUCCCAUAGUACACUGGUGGCAUUGUUCUAUCAUUUUGUUCAAAUAGUUCAUAAGACAAAUGUCAGUGUACAGUAUCGAGAAUAUGGCCUUCACGCUGCUGGGCUUUACUUUUUGCUGCUAGAAGUACCAGGCAGUGUAGCCAAUCAAGUAUUCCACCCAGUGAUGUUUGACAAAUGCAUUCAGACUCUAAAGAAGAGCUGGCCUCAGGAAUCUAACUUGAAUCGGAAAAGAAAGAAAGAACAGCCUAGGAGCUCUCAGGCUAAUUCCGGCAGGCAUAGAAAAAGGGGAAAGCCACCCAGGAAAGAAGAUAUUGAGAUGGAUGAAAUUAUAGAAGAACAAGAAGAUGAGAACAUUUGUUUUUCUGCCCAGGACCUUUCUCAAAUUCGAAGUGCCAUCUUUCACCUUUUAAAGAAUUUUUUAAGGCUUCUGCCAAAGUUUUCCUUGAAAGAAAAGCCACAAUGUGUACAGAAUUGUAUAGAGGUCUUUGUUUCAUUAACUAAUUUUGAGCCAGUUCGUCAUGAAUAUCAUGUUACACAAGCCAGAGACCUUAACCGAGCAAAAUACAUACCAGAACUGGCUUAUCAUGGAUUGUAUUUGCUGUGCUCUCCCAUUCAUGGAGAAGGAGAUAAGGUUAUCAGUUGUGUUUUCCAUCAAAUGCUCAGUGUAAUAUUAAUGUUAGAAGUUGGUGAAGGAUCCCAUCGUGCCCCCCUUGCUAUUACCUCCCAAGUCAUCAAUUGUAGAAACCAGGCGGUCCAGUUUAUCAGCUCCCUUGUGGAUGAGUUAAAGGAGAGUAUAUUCCCAGUCCUCCGUAUCUUACUGCAGCACAUCUGUGCCAAGGUGGUAGAUAAAUCAGAGUAUCGUACUUUUGCAGCCCAGUCCCUAGUCCAGCUGCUCAGUAAACUUCCUUGUGGGGAGUACGCUAUGUUCAUUGCCUGGCUUUACAAAUACUCCCGAAGUUCCAAGAUCCCACACCGGGUUUUUACUCUUGAUGUUGUCUUAGCUCUGUUGGAACUGCCUGAAAGAGACGUGGAUAACGCCCUGUCCUUGGAGCAUCAGAAGUUCUUAAAGCAUAAGUUCUUGGUGCAGGAAAUUAUGUUUGAUCGUUGCUUAGACAAGGCGCCUACUGUGCGCAGCAAGGCGCUGUCCAGCUUUGCGCACUGUCUGGAGCUGACUGUUACCCCUGCAUCGGAGAGCCUUCUGGAGCUGCUGCUGAACAGUCCUACGUUUUCAGGAAUAGAGAGUCACUCUGGUACCUUACUGAGAAAUUCAUCAGCUCUUUUCUACCAAGGGCGGACAUCUAACCAUUCCGAACCCUCAAGGGAGAUCAACAUAGACUGCAGUGGUGAAACAGUUGGAUCUGGAGAAAGAUGUGUCAUGGCAAUGCUGAGAAAGAGAAUCAGGGAUGAGAAGACCAACGUUAGGAAGUCUGCACUGCAGGUAUUAGUGAGUAUUUUGAAGCACUGUGAUGUCUCGGGCAUGAAGGAAGACCUGUCGAUUCUGCAGGACCAGUGUCGGGACCCUGCGGUGUCUGUCCGGAAGCAGGCCCUCCAGUCUCUUACUGAACUCCUUAUGGCUCAGCCUAGAUGCGUGCAGAUCCAGACAGCCUGGCUGCGGGGGUUGGUCCCGGUGGUGAUGGACUGUGAGAGCACUGUGCAGGAGAAGGCCCUGGAGUGCCUGGACCAGCUGCUGCUGCAGAACAUCCAGCAUCACAGUCAUUUUCACUCUGAGGACGACAGCCAGGUCCUCGCCUGGGCACUUCUUACUCUCCUCACCACGGAAAGCCAGGAACUGAGCCGAUAUUUAAAUAAGGCUUUUCAUAUCUGGUCCAAGAAAGAAAAAUUCUCAUCCACUUUUGUAAACAAUAUAAUCUCUCACACUGGCACGGAACAUUCGGCACCUGCCUGGAUGCUGCUUUCCAAGAUUGCUGGCUCCUCACCCAGGCUGGACUACAGCAGAAUAAUACAGUCCUGGGAGAAAAUCAGCAGUCAGCAGAAUCCCAAUUCAAACACCUUAGGACAUAUUCUGUGUGUGAUUGGACAUAUUGCAAAGCAUCUUCCUAAGAGCACCCGGGACAAAGUGACUGAUGCUGUCAAGCGUAAGCUGAGUGGAUUUCAGUGGUCUCUAGAGGUGAUCAGUUCAGCUGUGGAUGCUUUGCAGAGGCUUUGUAGAGCAUCUGCAGAGACACCAGCAGAGGAGCAGGAAUUGCUGAAGCAGGUGUGUGGGGAUGUCCUCUCCACCUGUGAGCACCGCCUCUCCAACAUCGUUCUGAAGGAGAAUGGAACAGGGAAUAUGGACGAAGACCUGUUGGUGAAGUACAUUUUUACAUUAGGGGAUAUAGCCCAGCUGUGUCCAGCCAGGGUGGAGAAGCGCAUCUUCCUUCUGAUUCAGUCCGUCCUGGCUUCGUCUGCUGAUGCUGACCAUUUACCAUCAUCUCAAGGCAGCAGUGAUGCCCCAGCAUCUCAGCCACCCUCCCAGGUCAGAGGUUCUGUCAUGCCCUCUGUGAUUAGAGCACAUGCUAUCAUUACCUUAGGUAAGCUGUGCUUACAGCACGAGGAUCUGGCAAAGAAGAGCAUCCCAGCCCUGGUGCGAGAGCUCGAGGUGUGUGAGGAUGUGGCUGUCCGCAACAACGUCAUCAUUGUGAUGUGCGAUCUUUGCAUUCGCUACACCAUCAUGGUGGACAAGUAUAUUCCCAACAUUUCCAUGUGUCUGAAGGAUUCUGACCCAUUCAUCCGGAAGCAGACACUCAUCUUGCUUACCAAUCUCUUGCAGGAGGAAUUUGUGAAAUGGAAGGGCUCCCUGUUCUUUCGAUUUGUCAGCACUCUGAUAGAUUCACACCCAGACAUUGCCAGCUUCGGGAAGUUUUGCCUGGCUCACCUGUUACUGAAGAGGAACCCUGUCAUGUUCUUCCAGCACUUCAUUGAGUGUAUUUUUCACUUUAAUAACUAUGAGAAGCAUGAGAAGUAUAACAAGUUCCCCCAGUCCGAGAGAGAGAAGCGGCUGUUUUCAUUGAAGGGAAAGUCAAACAAAGAGAGACGAAUGAAAAUCUACAAAUUUCUUUUAGAGCACUUCACAGAUGAACAGCGAUUCAACAUCACUUCCAAAAUCUGCCUUAGUAUUUUGGCGUGCUUUGCUGAUGGCAUCCUACCCCUGGACCUGGAUGCCAGUGAGUUACUCUCAGACACAUUCGAGGUCCUCAGCUCAAAGGAGAUCAAGCUUUUGGCAAUGAGAUCUAAACCAGACAAGGACCUCCUUAUGGAAGAAGAUGACAUGGCCUUGGCAAAUGUAGUCAUGCAGGAAGCUCAGAAGAAGCUCAUCUCACAAGUUCAGAAGAGGAACUUCAUAGAAAAUAUUAUUCCAAUUAUCAUCUCCCUGAAGACUGUGCUGGAGAAAAAUAAGAUCCCAGCUUUGCGGGAACUCAUGCAGUAUCUCCGGGAGGUGAUGCAGGAUUACCGAGAUGAGGUCAAGGACUUCUUUGCAGUUGACAAACAGCUGGCAUCAGAGCUUGAGUAUGACAUGAAGAAGUACCAGGAACAGCUGGCUCAGGAGCAAGAGCUAGCAAAACAUGCAGAUGUGACUGGGACGGCUGGAGGUGCCGAGGUGGCACCUGUGGCACAGGUUGCUCCGUGUUUAGAAACAGCACCAGGUCCUGCUGGCCACGAAAACCGCGCCCUGUCACCUGCCGUGAGCCAGCCCUGCACACACAGGGCAAGUGCUGGCCACGCACCGGUGUCAUCUCCUGCACCUGAAACUGGGCCGUUGCAGAGGCUGCUGCCCAAAGCCAGACCCAUGUCCCUGAGCACCAUUGCAAUCCUGAAUUCUGUCAAGAAAGCUGUGGAGUCAAAGAGCAGGCAUCGGAGUCGGAGCUUAGGAGUGCGGCCUUUCACUUUAAAUUCUGGAAGCCCAGAGAAAACCUGCAGUCAGGUGUCUUCAUACAGUUUGGAGCAAGAGUCAAACGGCACGAUUGAGCCUGUGACCAAGCGGGCCAUCAGCACCCCCGAGAAGAGCAUCAAUGAUGUCACGUUUGGAGCAGGGGUCAGUUACAUCGGGACACCACGGACUCCUUCAUCAGCCAAAGAGAAAAUUUCCAGGAGUCAAGGAAAUGACAUCUUAUGUUUAUCAUUGCCUGAUAAACCGCCCCCACAGCCUCAGCAGUGGAAUGUGAGGUCUCCAGCCAGGAAUAAAGACACUCCAGCCUGCAGCAGGAGGUCCCUGCGAAAGACCCCCCUGAAAACAGCCAACUAAAGAGCGCAUCCCCCCCAGUGUCCGGGCAGGCAGGAGCCCCUGAGGAAGCCGUCUCGUGUCCUCCGCGUGGACAGGCAGCUGGAUCACGUCCCGCAGUCCUUGGGCAGCGCUUUGCCGUGGAACACGAGAGCUCCUCCUCAGGGGCCUGGCACGCACCUGCAUUUAGCCGGCCAGCCCUUUCUAUGCUGUAUGAUGUAUAUGGUUAAACACUGUAAAAUAGAGAUGUGCCAAAUUUAGAUCUUCUUACCCUAAGCCUAAUCUAUUUAAUAGUAUAACUUUAUUCCAUUUGAAAGUGUCAAGCCCAUGCAGAUAAGCUAUAAUCUGGUCUUUAAGGAACACAACUUUAAAAACUUCAGCUUUCUUUUAUAUAAAUCAAGCCUCUGUUAACUUGUUUGAAUUCCUUAUAGUACAUAUUUUCCCAUCUGUAAUGACAAAAUAUUGAUUGUAAUAUUUUUUCUAUUAUUUAUAAUUGCAAAUUUUUAAAAUAUACAGCUUUCUAAAAGUAAUAAAGGUUUAGGAUAAAUACAGCC